GCGAGAUGUUCUUAACUUCCUUCUGAACAACCCCAACCAGACAUACGACCCCAGGGUUCCGCCUGAUUAUGAAGAAGAGCAUCCAACAAAUGUUACAAUAAAAAUACAUCUACUGAGCUUUGAUUCGGUCAGCGAGACAACCAUGGAUUACUCGGUGGAAGUGUACCUGGCUAUGGAGUGGUUCGAUCAUCGGCUGGAGUUCGGAAGCUUCCACUCCCGUCUAAAGUUCGCGCACUUAAAUAAUUCCACCAGGCUGGAGGUGGACACCAAAAUGAUGGACUUGGUGUGGGUACCCGACGUUUACUUCCGCAACGAAAAGAGAGCGGCAUUCCAUGACGUCACCGUGCCCAAUAAAUAUAUGCAUCUACUCAAGGAAGGCACGGUUCAAUACAGCAUGCGGUUGUCCCUGACCUUGAGUUGCCGGAUGUUGUUGCAGAAGUAUCCCCUGGACACGCAACGAUGUCCUAUGGUAAUACAGAGCUACACAUACACAACAGACAAUGUGAUGUUUUACUGGCAGCAGCCUGAAGAAGUGAUUGCCAUCACACACGACAAGGACAUCGCACUCAACACAGAACUACCACAGUUCUCCAUCGUCAAUAACUUUACUGAAAAUUGUAACGGAACAAUGGAUGUCGAAACCCCAAAAUUUGCUUGCAUCAAAGCCUACUUUACACUCAAGAGGGACAUCGGCUACUACAUCAUCCAGGUCUACGUGCCCAGUAUUCUCAUUGUGGCCCUAUCUUGGGUGUCCUUCUGGCUGGACUUAGAGGCCAUUCCUGCCCGUGUAACCUUAGGGGUGUUGACAGUGCUGACCCUCAACACACACGGGUCGUACAUACAGUCGCAGCUACCAAAGGUCUCCUACAUCAAAGCCAUCGAUGUGUGGAUUGUCAGCAGCCUCAUCUUUGUCUUUGCUGGCUUGCUAGAAUUCGCCUAUGUCAACGUUCUAGCCCGGCGAGGGGACAAGGAGAUCAUGUCUGCACAGAUUUUCAGAAUACCAAUAGAAGUCAAGGAAGGUUCACAGACGAAUGGCAAAGUUCCAAGACAUGUUGCUGUUGGUGGACCAGCUCCUUCACGUUUGAGAGCCAGAAGAGUGGACAAGAUCUCCCGUAUUUUGUUCCCAUUAUCGUUCAUUUUUUUCAACUUGGGAUAUUGG